GUUGGGUCGAUAUGUACGCCUUGGAGCGGUGGCUUCUGCCGUUGCUCUGGCUGAUCGGCGGAACACAUGGAGCCCGAGUACUGGUCAUCGCCCCCUUCGAGUCCUAUUCGCAGUGCCUCCUGAUGACGCCCUACAUACAGGCACUCUCGGAAAGGGGUCACCAGUUGACAGUGAUUCAUGCCUUCGAUCAUUGCCAACCCAUUGGCAAUGUGACAUAUAUACGUGUACUGGAUAAUAUGAAAGUUUGUGCAGAAUUCGUAGAUUUGAUGAUAAUUUCCAAAACGAUAAGCAAAUGGGAAGAAUGUACUUCUCUGACGAGACUCAUGAUUAAUGCAGCAAGGAAUGUGCUCAAUAAUUUUGAAGUUCGAAAGUUGAUUCAAUCGAAUGCUACCUUUGAUCUGGUAGUUGUGGAACCAACCUACACUGAUGUGCUCUUUGGCUUGGCACCUCAUUUCAAUGCCCAGCUAAUCGGUCUUUCCACUUGCGGAGUGGAUUGGAAUCUGAACAGUCUAAUGGGACACGGAUCAUCCUUGGGUCUGGAGCCACUGAUGCCAAUGGGAGAGACAUCUGCUAAAAGCUUUUGGGAUCGCCUCUACAAUUGGUACUAUAACACCGAGGAGUGGCUGCUAAUGCAACUGGUGUUCCUUCCGAAAUUGAAGCAAGUUCACGACCACUUCUUUGGACACUUGGAACGGAGCUUCUUGGAGAUCCGACACGGCUUCUCCCUGAUGCUACUCAAUCGUCACUUCAGUCUGUUUGGGGCCAGAUCGAGUGUUCCGGGAAUGGUAGAAGUGGCCGGAUUGCACAUCCCAAAAGAGGACCCAAAGCUACCCAAGGAUCUGCAACUGUUUAUUGAUGAAGCGGAGUUCGGUGUGAUCUACUUUGCAUUGGGUGUGGAGUUACAGAGCAAGGAUUUGCCGGAGGACACACUGAUAAUGUUUCUGGAAACUUUUAGGCAACUGCCGCAGCGAGUGAUUUGGAAGUUCGAAGGUCAGCCACCAUGUGAGGUGGCUGACAAUAUCUACCUAGCGAAGCUCUUGCCACAACAGGCCAUCCUGGCCCAUCCGAAGGUGAAGGUCUUCAUUAGCCACGGUGGAAUACUGAGUAUCAUCGAGGCUGCCCAUUAUGGGAAGCCCGUGCUCGGCAUGCCUAUGUACCUCGAUCAAUUCCGGAACUUGGAUGUCUUGCAGGACGAGGGAAUUGCUCUCCAGGUAAAAAUCGAAAGUUUGACUGGGAAGGAGCUUACGGAGACUUUAAACCGUUUGAUAAGCGACCCAAGCUUCCGGGAAAAUUCUUUGGGCGUAUCCAAAAGAUUUCGGGAUCAGAUUAAUCAUCCGCUGGAAGUGGCCGUUUACUGGACAGAGUAUGUCCUGCGGAACAGGGGAGCACAUCAUUUGAAGGUAUCUCCGUCCCACAUUAAGCUGCUCGAAUAUUAUUCCGUGGACAAGUUCCUGCUGAUCGGUGUCCGAUUGACCCUGGUAAUGACCAUCGUUUUCUUGGUUCUUUUCAAGUGGACAUGUCUCUUCAGUUAUAUUGUUAGACUGGUGGAGCGCUUUUGGCCUAUCUAUGCGGUGAUAAGUUGUAUAGUUAAAAUAUAUAAAUACUUAAUUUUUAAAUGUAGCUUUUAGAGGUGUUUUUG